GGUUUUACAAUGAAGCUUGAUACUAGUGGGUUCGAGAAUACCAUGCCUCUGAUUGGCUUCGGCUCGAGCAGCGAUAUGCUUGAUGGGUUUUCUACUGUGCCCUCGUUUGAUCUUCCCAGGACAACAGAUUUUGAUGGAUUUCAGAAAGAAGCUGUUCAGAUGGUGAAGCCUGCAAAAGGAACAACCACACUCGCUUUCAUCUUCAAAGAAGGUGUUAUGGUCGCUGCUGAUUCUCGGGCUAGCAUGGGAGGCUAUAUCUCCUCACAGUCUGUGAAGAAGAUUAUUGAAAUCAAUCCUUACAUGCUUGGUACAAUGGCUGGAGGAGCUGCUGAUUGCCAGUUCUGGCACAGAAAUCUCGGAAUUAAGGGUCCUGGACUAUACUAUGUUGACAACGAAGGAGGGAGGCUCAAGGGAGACAGGUUCUCAGUCGGAUCUGGUUCACCAUACGCCUAUGGUGUACUAGACAGCGGAUACAAAUUUGAAAUGUCCGUUGAAGAAGCUUCUGAGUUAGCAAGGAGAUCAAUAUACCAUGCAACAUUCCGUGAUGGAGCGAGUGGUGGAGUUGCCAGCGUGUACCACGUCGGUCCUAAUGGAUGGAAGAAACUGUCAGGAGAUGAUGUUGGGGAGCUACACUAUCACUACUACCCCGUGGCACCAGCCACCGCGGAACAAGUCAUGGAGGAAGCAGCCGCCGAGUAA